ACCAUCGCGCGGCUUUUCGCCUUCCGCCUGUCCUUCGCGACCAAGCGCGUGCCGCCGAGGGGCCAGGAGGGGUUCGGCGCCUGGGGGGACAUCGUGCAGAUCAUCACAUUCGUGGGGGUACUUGUCAACGUGGGAGAGGCUUGCUUCGUGAUGAAGCCUCUCAGGACUCUGCCACCGCCGUACAAGCUGACCUGGUUUCUGUUUUUCGAGCACGCCCUUCUCAUGACCAAGCUGUUUAUCACCACGGCCGUCCCUAGCAUCGCCGACAACCAGAAGUUCAUCGAGGAGCACAACUCAUUAGCGGUGGAG